AUGAGAAGCAUGGUGAAGAAGCUACUAUGGUGCGGAUCCAAGAAAAAUGCUACUUCGAGGACAUCGGCAUUGCCAGAAGAAGGGAGAGUUCGUGUUUACGUAGGCAUGGAUAAAGAGAGUCAAUGCAAGCUAGAGGUUGAGGCUAAUCUGUUAAACCAUCCAAUGUUUGAGGAUCUAUUGAGAUUGUCUGAGGAAGAAUUCGGACACUCGUACGAAGGGGCCUUGAGGAUUGCCUGCGACAUUGAUGUCUUCAUCAAUUUGAUCAAUCUACUCAAAACCACCAAUCAUCAUAACCCUUUGAUGGAUCAAUAA